CGUUAUGUACCAUUUCAUUGCUGAAGCGAUUUAACAUUGACGAAAUACAAUGUAACAGAAUAGAUUUAUUUAAUUUUUGACGUGAAAUCGUAAUGUAUUUAACACAAGUGAUCGUUUAUUCAAUUUUUUUGAAUCUCAUAGACUGUCAAAAUUGGCGAGAAAGGCAACCGACAAUUAGAGUACAACAAGGGCUUUUAGAAGGGUCUAGGAUUAUCACCGAUAGUGGCAAAACCGUAAACGCGUUUCUGGGCAUCCCAUACGCUGCGCCCCCAACAGGUAAUUUAAGAUUUGCGCCACCCCAGAAACCUCUUCCUUGGAAUGAAACUCGUCAAGCUACAAAUUUUGCACCCCAUUGCCCCCAACUGCCCCUAAAACCCGGAAUAAAUGACCAGGAGGACUGUCUUUACCUCAACGUUUGGUCACCAGAGAAUGCAGGUCUAUACGCUCCACUUCCAGUCGUGGUUUUUUUCGAAGGGAGGAAUUUUUACCAAAGUAGCGAAUUUCCGAUAAAUGGACAGGAUUUGGCAACUGAGGGGUUGGUCACAGUGACAAUCAACUAUAGGUUGAACGUUUUCGGAUUUUUCUGCUUGGGGUCAGCUGAAGCGCGAGGAAAUUUGGGUCUGUUGGAUCAGUAUUUUGGUUUGGUUUGGAUCCGACAAAAUAUCAAUCAAUUCGGGGGCGACCCGGAAAAAAUCACGCUCUACGGCCAACAAGCGGGGGCUGCCAGUGUGACUUUUCACAUGGUUUCGAAUCGGACAGCUGGAUUCUUCCAAAGAGUUAUUAUUUCAAGUGGAAGUGCCGUGGCUACUUGGCAGGAUAAAAAUGAUCCGGUGGUGGCAUCCAAACAAAUACUUCGGAUGUUAGGCUGCGAUGCUUACACGGUUCAGCCAAUUAAAUGUCUGCGAUCAAAGAAAGUGGAACAUAUUUUACAAGCACUGGCUGAGUAUUCAGAGUCUUUUAACUGGAACGACAAAUUUUUGCCUGUCGUCGACACUUUCUUACCAGAAGACAACCGGUACCUUCCAUUGAACCCCAAGAAUGCCCUCAAAGAAGGCACAUAUUGGCAAGUACCCAUCUUAACCGGAAUUUCGAAACCUAUCGCCGAUGAACAAUUUAUGCAGUGGUUAGAACUUGCAAGUCAGGGCUUCAGCCAAUUACAGCAAUAUGUUGAAAAAGUUAAAAUUCCUGAAAUUAUGCGUUUGUACAAACUCGGGGUGUCUAACAAAGAUCACAUUUUUGAUCUAAUUAAGUGGCACUAUUUCUCAUCGAAUCAGGGGGACGUCAGACUCCUUUACGACGAGUUGAAAAACUUUGAGUUUCAGGCCAAAAUGGAAGCCCCACAUUUUUUGCAACUUUCGCAUUUUAUUUCGUCAUACGUGCAACCAAUUUAUGUGUAUUUUAUGGAUGAUGUUGGAUUUGUUCUCAAUACAACUGAUUCGACCAUUACCACAGACCUGCUCUUGGUAUUUGGACCAAUUUUGUUAAAGCAAAUGGCCAGAAGGCGGUUUAAUGCCAACGAAAUGAAUUUGAGCCGACAAAUGAAACAAUUGUGGACAAAUUUUAUAAUGUUUGGGAACCCUACGCCAAACAAUCACGUAAAAUCGUGGCGAAAAUACACCUCUGGGGAUUUUUACAUCGAAAAUUUUGGGCCUGUUAAUUCCUAUAUAAAUGAAGAAAACAAAAAACGGGUGCAGAGAGUUUUGUUUUGGAAUCAGCUAAUACCAAAAAUGGUCAAUUUUAAGAACAAUAUGUCAAAUAACAUCCCGAAAGAAUUACAAAAUAGUCCAGACCCAGCUGCAGGCUUCCGGCAUGCAAUGUACACUUUGGUUGCUCUUGUGAUUGCCCUUCUUGCUUUGCUUUUAAUUUGUAUCGUGUUAUUAAAAAAGCGAUCGAGGGAGCGAGAAAAUCAUCUUCAUAUGGGAUAUUAAAAUAAUUUACAAACCAAUUAACUAAAUAUAUUUAGACGUUUUUGGGGCUAAGAUGAUGACAAGGCAAGGCUAUAAAGUCUUUUUAAUUCUAUUUAUAAAUGUCAGCGGAACCAGGUAGACGGAAAAAUAUCUACAUAUUGGGUGGUUAAAAAAGCGCGCUAUUUCAUUUUUUAACAUGAGUCACACUAUAAAUAUAUUUCGUCGCUACAACAAUUUUAUUGUUUUUGUCAUCACUCUGUUGUUACGCCUCUUUGUAUAGUGUCCAAAAAUAAUUAUUUUGUGACCUUCACUGUAUAUACUUAUCUUUUUUGUUAUUGGUCGAAUGAUUUCCAUUUAUAUAGAAUGACAUUUGAAUUCCACCAAUGACAAUACAGGAUUUUAUUUAAUUUCAACAUUUAUUUUUGUAGAUAGGUAUUAAAAAUAAUAAAAGUGUAUGAAAAAUAAAAACUAAUAGAUAUUUAU